UUUUAUACAUAUAUUUAUCUUUUUAUUUAUCAUUUUUUGAUUUUGAUUGGAUUUUUACUUGCUGUUGACACUUUCGCUGGUCGAAGAGAGAUAACAAUGACAUCGAAACCUGUAAAUAAAAUAAUGGAGCCAAGUAAAGCUGAUUUGAUUCGUGCUCUAUGUGCCCUGGAAGGUGAACUUCAAGCUAAAGAUAUUGUGAUCAGUAUACUCAAGACGGAACAAGUCAGGAGGCUUAUUCAUCCCUGUUAUAAUAAACGCUGGUGGACACAACCUCAACCUCACUCAAAAUUGUCUACCGACACCAUAAUACCAAAUAAUCGAGCUCUAAAAUGCAAACAAUUACAAUUACAACAACAUAUUCAACACCAAGACUCAACAACAACAACAACAAACUCCCAACAGAAUCAACAACAAUCCAAACAGCUACAGCAACAAACCAAUAAGUCCAUUCAAAUUGAUCCUUCUGAUCCUUAUACAGCUUUGUUAAGAGACACUUAUUGUGCAUAUGAUCCAACAUAUGAUGAAAACUCAAUCAAAUUAAUCUACAAUCUACAAUAUCAAAAUUUAAGGAACCUUAUAGACCAUCAAAGGAAAGUGAGAAAUUAUUUAGAAUCUCAAAUAUGUGAACGAGAGGCCAAAUAUAAAGCGUGUUUGGAGGAAUUAGAAAGUGAAAAAACGAAAAGUGCAAAAUACGAAAGGGACAAGAUGAUUUCGCAAAUUGAACUAUUGGAAAAGGAAAAAGAAUCACUUGGAGAACAAUUGGAAAUAAUUAAAAGUGAUCUUGAAAAGGUUAAAGAACGUGAAAAGUCAAUGGUCAUGUGUUUAGUUACCGAGCGUAAAGAAUUAAUUUGUCGUCUAAUUGAACAUGAGCAACAUAAUAACGCGCUGAUCGACAUGUUGACCGCUGAACGAUGUAGAGCCGCUGAGAUGAGUGAAGAUCUCGAAGAGGAAUCGAAAAGAUCAUUACAAAUGGAAUCAGAAUUGGAAAGAUUAACAGCCAGUCACGAAUUAUCAAAAUCACUGCUUUUGGAUAAAAUAAAUAAUCUAGAAAAUAAAUCAACCAAAUUAGAAGAGGAAAAUGAUAAAUUGAAAAAGGAAUUGGAAACAAUCAAAUCAAAAAGAAUAGCUCAAUUAGGUGAAGGUGUAAGAUCAACAAUCGUAACUGUCAACUCAACGGACCAAAAGAUUCUCACGCACCAGGAACCGGGUAAAGUUGUGAUUGCCAGUGGAAGUCCUCAAGCACCGAUACAAAAGAAAUUCUCAACUGGCCCAGUAACCGGAACUGGAUCGAGCACUAGUCCAUUAUUUCGUGGAACACCUCCUCCCAUACCACCCAAUAAGCCCAUUCUUCCCGCUAACGCGUUAAAAGAGCGAAGCAAAGAGAUUCAACAAGCAACUUUACGAGCUAAAAUGAUCACCACAACCUCCACCAACAAUACCACCAACACCCUGUCCACAUCAUCAUCAACUCCUGUACCCGUUCAAGGCGAAAGAAAUGAGAAAUCAUAAUAAUCGACAAUUUUUCAUCUUCCUCUUCAAUCUUGUCUCCAAAUCAAUUAUAAUAAGAAUCAUCAUCAUCAUCAAUUGUUUUUAUGUCAAUGAAAAAAACGACAUUUUUAAAGUGAUGGAUUGAGAAUCAAAACUGUCACAUAUUUAGUCUUAAAAUCACAAAAGUAAACGGCAGUUUAAGUAAACCCAUUUACUGUACAUUCACAAUUUAGACGAUGAUUUUAAUUGUUAGACUAGCAUCUUCUUAUAUUUUCCCUUGACAAACAAUUUAUCGAUUACUAAAUUAAUAGUUAAUAUAAAAUUGCCAGCUAAAAAAAAACGAUAUUGAUCAUAAAUUGUUGAGUUUAUCAACUUUCUCUGUUGGUGAUUUAGUUGUAUUGUUCUGGAAAAAUUUUCGCACAUCAAUUGUUCUUGUUUUUUUUAUGUAAUUUUGUUCCAAUCCUGAUUUGUUCUCUAAAAGGAACAAUUUAAAAUAAGAAUUAUAAAUAAAUUAAGAACAAAUAAUAGACAA